CGCAGGCACCAGAGACCCCGGUGGCGGCAGCGGCGGCCGGGGAAAACCGCGGGGCCGGUCAUGCGGCUGCGGGGCCCGCGGCCCAGAGCGUCCGCCCAGCCCUGAGAGAGGCCCCACAGGGCGCCCCCCGCCGCUCAGGAUGAGUCACUGCAGCAGCCGCGCCCUGACCCUGCUGAGCAGUGUGUUUGGUGCCUGCGGCCUGCUCCUUGUGGGCAUCGCGGUCAGCACGGACUACUGGCUGUAUAUGGAGGAGGGGACCGUUUUGCCGCAGAACCAGACCACCGAGGUCAAGAUGGCGCUGCACGCUGGCCUCUGGAGAGUCUGCUUCUUUGCAGGUCGGGAGAAGGGGCGCUGUGUGGCUUCUGAGUACUUUCUUGAACCAGAGAUCAACUUGGUGACGGAAAACACGGAGAAUAUUCUGAAGACAGUACGCACGGCUACACCCUUCCCUAUGGUCAGUCUCUUCCUUGUGUUCACCGCCUUCGUCAUCAGCAACAUCGGCCACAUCCGACCUCAGAGGACCAUUCUUGCCUUCGUUUCUGGCAUCUUUUUCAUUUUAUCAGGCCUCUCCUUGGUGGUGGGCUUGGUUCUAUACAUCUCCAGCAUCAACGAUGAGGUCAUGAACAGGCCCAGCAGCUCAGAGCAGUACUUUCACUAUCGCUACGGGUGGUCGUUUGCCUUCGCUGCUUCUUCCUUUCUUCUGAAAGAGGGGGCCGGAGUCAUGUCCGUGUACUUAUUCACCAAGCGCUACGCGGAGGAGGAGAUGUAUCGCCCGCACCCGGCCUUCUACCGACCGCGUCUCAGCGACUGCUCCGACUACUCGGGCCAGUUUCUGCAACCCGAAGCGUGGCGUCGAGGCCGCAGCCCUUCCGACAUCUCUAGCGACGUCUCCAUCCAGAUGACGCAAAAUUACCCUCCGGCCAUCAAGUACCCGGACCACCUCCACAUCUCCACUUCACCGUGCUGAGACCGGAGUCCCUCUCUUCCCUCUUCCUCCCUAUCUUUUCCCGUGCCUCACCCAUGAAGCCCCAAUUCCUUAAGGGACUCUUGGCUGAGGGAUGCUGUGCCAUUUCCAAGCCCCUACCCAUCAUCCUCAUUUCAACGGCUCCACCCUUUUCCCAAA